CCUUCCAAGUCCUUAGAGUUUUCUUCUUUCUGAAGCUUCGUUUUAAAGUGUUACAGAUAAGAUGCAGAGACCUAACUCUUCCUCUUCUUCUUUGAAUCCUUCUCCCAUCCGCUUCCCAGUUCCUUUCACCGGAAAUAGAGUCGGAGCUCCUCCUCCUCCUCCCAUCCCACCGACCUUUCAACCCAAACACUCCUUUCCGGCGGCGGCCGUGGAGGAGAGAACCGGCGCCGGAUUCAGCCCUUCUCUGCCUCCGUCGCCCUUCACCAUGUAUCACUCUACUUCGAGGGUGGUGGCAGGCGGCAGCGGGAAUCUACCGCCGAGAAAGACGUCUCAUAGGCGUUCCAAUAGCGAUCACACAUUUGUGUUUAGCUCCAUGAGCCCUUCCAAGUCUUUGGAAAGACCAGUCUCCGGCUGCGGGGAGGUUUCAGAUUGGUCUAAGUUGGUCAAGGAGGAAGAGCGCAGAACGUUGUCAGAGGGCUACGACGAUGCUUUAAGGGCGUAUAUGAGACUUGAUCAAAUUGAUGCGGAGAGCAGUAGAGGGAGGACGAGGAAGAUGACGAACGGUGGAAGCACCAGUGGUGACUCUGAAGGUGAGAGCAAUGUAAAGAGGAGAGCCGGCGGAGACAUUUCUCCCACCAGUAGACACUACCGGAGUGUUUCCGUGGACAGUUGCUGUUUCCGUGAAGGUGCUUAUAGUGUCGGAUUUGGAAAGUAUGAGUUUAGUGCAGCUGACAUGAAAAAGAUCGCCGCAGAUGAGAAACUUGCUGGGAUUGUUAUGGCUGACCCUAAGCGUGUUAAAAGGAUGUUGGCGAACCGCGCGUCUGCUGCACGUUCAAAGGACCGGGAGACGAAAUACAUAGCGCAGUUAGAACACAAGGUGCAGACUCUUCAGAUUGAGACCACUACUUUAUCAGCUCACCUCACGCAUUUGCAGAGAGAUAAUAUGGGGUUGCAGAACCAGAACAGUGAGCUCAAGUUUCGUCUUCAAUCUAUGGAGCAACAGACACAACUCCGCAAUGCUCUGUCUGAGAAACUGACUGAAGAAGUCCAGCGAUUGAGACUGGUGAUUGGUGUGCCGAACCGCAGCGAAUCCAACAUAUCAAACGCGUCACUAACUCCGGAGAUGUUUCAGCAGCAGCUUAGGAUCAGCCAGUUACAGCAUCCGCAUUACAAUGAAUAGUAUAACCAACUUGUGUGAUCCGCAGUUUCUUCAUGUAUGAUAACUUAUCUUCAUAUGUGCAGUCUGUUUCUUUUUUUCCGAAUAUU